AGAGAAUUGAGGAUUUUAAUAAAAAAUUUGUUUUUAAUAAUGAUAAAAAUUUUAUGAUGAAAAUUUGAAUGUAACAGAAUAUUUGUGAAUCAAAGAGACGUUUCUCUUUCUCUAUUAUAUAUUUAAUAUAAUAAUCCUAAAUACAUUUAGCAUAAAUAAUAAACGCAAUAAUAUGCGCAGAACGAUUAAUCAAUUAAUGUUCUGUUAAGCAAUUAAUUGUUUAAGUAACAUGUCGUCUGAACAUUUUCGAAAACAAAAGAUAUAUCUAUAUUUGCAGCUAUCGGCCAACAUAAACUGACCGGUCAACGAGAUAAAUGUUGAUAAUGUUAGAAUAGCAAACGUUUAUUUGCAGCUACUCUCUUUACAGCGGAAAGUGUCGUGUCUGUUAUAUAUAGCCACCACUAAACUUUGUUAUGUCGCACCGUCCCAUAUUGAUUGUGGUGAUACCGAGCCAGAGGUAUCCGGCGAAUUGUUUAUUGAGGGUGUCGUUCACACGCGUGUAGGGAACGUGUCGUAGAUUCUAAAAGGUGCGACUGUAGGACACGGGCACGGAUUCGGGAAAUGCACGAUCGGGGACGAUCCCGUUGCCGACGCCAUCAUUUAAUAACGUAGAGCAAACGUACGUCGAUCCACAGAGAGGACAUAUACGCAUUCGUGGAAAGUCUGGGAGUUGGUAUGGCGGUGGCCGAUUGAAUCGUUAGUAAGAAAACUCUCUGAUGCGCUUGUUUUCAAUUCAGAUCUCUCUUCUCCCAUCGCGCGACAGUCGUCGUCUCGCGUAGCGACAAAUGCCACGCGUCCGUGCGUGUUAUAGGCAUUGUUUCACGCUGACAAUGAGAUAAGAUAUCAAGUUUCCCCGCGGCAUUGAUAAUCGAAUUUACAUACCUCGAACAGAAUCAGACUUCAGCGUUCUGUCAAUUGAGAAAGAAAAUCGCGCGCACAUCUUCAAUGUAAUGUCGAAAGUCGCGCAGUCGGAGUACCUCCGCCGCGGUUCGAGAUUUAAAAGUGACAUAUGCCUAUGAUAUCCACGAGCGUGGCACAUUUGACGCGAAAUCGCGUGUAAUCGUAUACACAUCCAUACAUCGCUCCUCCAUCUUCAGUGCCGCCGGUCGUUCAGGAGUUCGCGUUCACGAAGCUACCGAUGAACGCCGGGGAAUUUGCGAAUCUGCAGUGUAUCGUGUCGAGCGGCGACCUGCCGUUGAACAUACGUUGGAGCUAUCCCGGCGAAGAGAUGGGCGGUUCCUCCGGCGUACUCGCGAAGAAGGUCGCGGAUCGCGUUAGCAUGCUCAUGAUCUCGGUCAUCACCGCGAGACACGCGGGGGAGUACGUUUGUACCGCCGAAAACGCGGCUGGAACGGCGUCCCACUCGACCGUCCUCACCGUCAAUGGUUCGGGAUUGUCUGUUCCUAGAGAACACAGUCUUUUUUACUCUUCAGUUGCGUUUUGUCACGUUCCUUUUGUAUCUCAUCCCUUGCACACAGACCUUGCAAAUAGCACCGUAUGUUUUCCCUUCGUUUGUCACGCCUCCUCCGCGUCGAUGUUGUUGAAGUCCACUGCCUACUACUUGAAUACCCCGAAAGCUUCAGUGCGAUCAUUUUCGAUGGGUAGUUGACCAACGCACAGGUGGUCUGC